AUGCGCGCCCCUACGGUGCUGAUCGCCCUGCUAGGGUUUCUGCCCCAGGAUCGAUCACUGACAGUUGCGCAAAUAAUCAUAAUCUGUGACUUGGCUAAUAUCAUGUUUUAUUUCCAGGUGCUGUCGUCCGGUUCCUUCGAACUGAGGAUAAAAAGUUUUACAAACUCGCUCGGUAGGCUAAGUAGUGGGCAGUGCUGUGAUGGUUCCAAUAGUGAGCAGUGCGUAGCGCCUUGCAGGACUAAAUUUAGAGUGUGCCUCAAGAUAUACCAAGCGAACAUCGAUACGACAUCACCUUGUACCUUCGGUGACAUCACUACGCCGGUGCUCGGUGGAAACUCUUUGGAUGUACCGAACCUCAAUGUCGAAGGAUUCACCAACCCCAUCGUAUUCCCCUUCGAUUUCACGUGGCCGGGCACAUUCUCUCUCAUUGUCGAAGCGUGGCACGACACUAAUGAUACGUCAAGAUCGGACGAUACAUUGAUCGCGCGGAUGACGAAGCAGAGUAUAGCUGAUGUCGGAGGUCCGUGGAACGAUGAGGAACAGCGCUGGGGGGGAAUGAGUGGGGUUCAUCUGAAGCUGUCGUACAGAGUGACGUGUUCACCGCAUUACUACGGGCCAGGCUGCGAGGUGCUCUGCCGGCCGAGGGAUGAUUCCUUCGGACACUACACAUGCUCAUCCACCGGAGAAAUCGUCUGCAAGCCGGGCUGGACCGGGGAUUAUUGCUCUAAACCGAGAUGUUUGCCCGGCUGCGACUCGGAGCACGGCCACUGCCUCAAGCCCGACGAAUGCAUUUGUCAUUCGGGCUGGGUGGGCGAGCUGUGCGACCAGUGCGAGCGACAUCCGGGCUGCGUGCACGGAACAUGCUCCAAGCCCUGGGACUGCAUAUGCGAGGAGGGCUGGGGCGGGUUGUUCUGCAAUCAAGACUUGAACUACUGCACCAAUCACAGGCCGUGCAAGAACGGCGGCACCUGUCACAAUACGGGACAAGGAAGUUACACCUGCGUCUGCUCCGAAGAAUACACCGGACCGGACUGUGAGAAAUCACUACACUCGUGUGCUGUACGAGCCUGUCUCAACGGAGGAGCCUGUGUACCUGAUGAAGGAGGGGAACUAUCGUGCGCUUGUCCCUCGGGAUAUGAAGGAGCUCAUUGUGAAACGAGAAGACUGACUUGUGCCGAUCAACCUUGUAGAAAUGGAGGAACCUGCGAGCCUAGAGCGUCCGGCUACGUGUGUCUGUGUCCCGCGGGUUACACCGGCCUGGACUGCGCCGUAGAGGCCGACCCGUGCGCCGUCAACCCGUGUAGAAACGGAGCCACGUGCAACCGAGCUGGAGAUGGAUUCAGAUGUUCGUGUAAGACGGGGUUCAGAGGGAACAGGUGCGAGAUAAACAUAGACGACUGCACGGGCAUCGUGUGUGAGCACGGCGGGACGUGCGUGGACCUCGUCAACGGUCAGCGGUGCCAGUGCGCGCCGGGCUUCCUCGGGCCGAGGUGCGAGACGCGGGUCGACUUCUGCCUCGCGAAGCCCUGCGCUAACGGCGGCAAGUGUCACGUACUGGACAACGACUACGAGUGUCACUGCCGGCCGGGGUUCGCCGGGAAGGACUGCAGCAUAGACGUAGACGAGUGCGCCUCCUCGCCCUGCAGGAACGGCGGCACCUGCAGGGACAGAGUCGACGGCUACCACUGCAACUGUCCGGCGGGCUGGGGCGGGAAGGCGUGUACGGUGUCGCUGGCGGACUUCGCGGCCAAACCUGCGGGCGGGCACCUGAGGAGGAUAGGAGACGAGACGCCCGAGGAGAGUCUGUCCGGGCGGCACGUGGCGCUGAUAGCGGCGCUGUCUGCCGCGGUGCCGGCCGCAGCCCUCGCGGCGGCUGUGGCGGUCGCCUGCAUCCGGAGAAGAAGGAAGCGAGCACAGAACGCAGCGGACGCGGAGGCGCGGGCACAGAACGCGGCCAACUCGGGGGGAGGAGGACGAGUGAUACGGAACACGUGGGGGAAGUGUGAGGCGCCCGCCCCCGAGUGUCAGAACGCGCACAACGCGGCCGCCGAGGAGUGUAAGAGGAAGACUCUGAACACGGAGAGCGCGGCCAGACUACUGGCGGCGCUCGACCCGCGACUAUCACGACUGUCCGCGGACUCCGCGUACUGCGCUAACAGCGACACCUCCCUCGUGAAGCGCGCCCUGGAGGGCGGAGGGGUGUACGUGUUAGACGACCACUGCCUGCCGCCGACGUUCGCGACGCAAGUGUAG